CUUAGUAAAGUCAAUUCGAUUGUAUUGUAUUUUUUCAAAUAUAAAUGAGUGCGGACGAAUACAAUACGGUUGCGAUAUUAUUAAUUUAAUUUUCUUAUUAAAUUACUAACGUGGAAGUUUAAGUGUUUUAGAAACCAUGGAAGAAAAAUAUAUUUUAACUUUAGACAUAGGAACUAGCACUAUUCGGUCUUUUAUUUAUAAUACUAGAGCUGAAAUAGUGGGAAGAGCGGUUGAUCAGGUGGUGUUGCAUUAUCCGCAUCCUGGUUUCGUUGAAAUAGAUCCAGAUGAACUAUGGGCCUCAAUAGUUGGUGUAGUAAAUAUAUCAUUGAAGGAUGCUCAAUUAACAGCUGGUCAAAUGACCGCCAUGGGUAUCACCACCCAAAGAGGUACAUUUAUAAACUGGUCUCGUAAAACUGGCAAACCAUUUCACAAGUUUAUUACAUGGAAAGAUUUGAGAGCUGACAAAUUAGUGAAACAGUGGAACGCUUCAUAUGUGUGGAAGCUAUUCAAAGCAAGUGCCUAUGUAUUGUACCUUAUUCUAAGAAGCAAAAGGUUCAAAGCAGGAAGUGUGUUCAAAUUUAUGAAUACCCAGACAUGUUUAAGAUUAAACUGGGCUUUCCACAACGUAGCUGCCUUCAAGAGCGCCGUGCAAGAAGACGACGCUCUCUUUGGAACCUUGGACACAUGGCUAUUAUACAAAUUGACAGGUGGAAAAGUUCACAUGACGGACGUGUCGUCAGCGUCGGCCACGGGUUUUUACGACCCGUUCACCAUGCAGUGGGCUGGCUGGGCCAUGACCAUGUUGAAGAUACCCAGAGCAGCGCUGCCCGAUGUCGUUGACACGGCCGGGGACCAUUUCACUAGUACCAUACCAUCUAUAUGGGGACAUCCUAUCCGAAUUGUCAGUUGUAUGGCUGACCAAACAGCUUCAAUGUGGGGCUCAUGUUGCUUCGAAGUCGGUGAUGUGAAGCUGACAAUGGGUACCGGGACCUUCUUCAAUAUCAACACGGGCACGGAACCACACGCCAGCGUGUCUGGUCUCUACCCCAUCGUAGGCUGGAGGCUCGGAGAGGAACUCGUGUAUUCUGCAGAGGGAGCGAAUAAUGACACCGCUUCUAUCAUCAAGUGGGCGCAGAAUUUAGGGUUGUUCGAUAGUCCAGAAGACACAGCGGAUAUCGCCACCUCGGUGCUGGACACAGACGGAGUUUACUUCAUACCGGCGUUCAGCGGGCUUGGGCCCCCUUACAACGACGGGUCGGCAGCCUCGGGCUUCAUAGGCAUGAAGCCGUCGACGACGAAGGCCCACCUGGUGCGCGCCGUGCUGGAGUCGCUCGCCUUCAGAACCGCGCAGCUGUACAACUGUGUGCUCAACGAAACCAACUACUCCUUCCAUACUAUCAGGUUAGACGGUGGUGUCUCAAACAAUGAUUUCAUUGCUCAGUUAGUGGCCGAUCUCACAGGGUUGCGCGUGGAACGACCAGUCCACGUAGAGAUGUCCUCGCAAGGAUGCGCUCAUAUAGUCGGGUACAAAUUAGGUAUAUGGAAAUCGAAAGACGAGCUGAGAAGGUUACGUAAAAUCGAGUGCGUGUUCACGCCGCGGACGUACAUGAAGAAGUCGUACGAGGUGACGUUCGCGCGGUGGCAGGACGCGGUGCGGCGCAUGUGCGGCUGGUACAGCGGCGGGUACAGCGGCGCGCCCGACGCGGCCGGCGCCAACGACUGCGCCGCGCCGCUCACGCCGCAGCCCAGCUUCAAGCUCCUCCCCGCGCGCAAGAAAAACGGCAGUAUAUCCAAAUAGCGGUGGCUUUACUGCCUCCUCGCCGCCUGCGCCGCGUGCCUCCCCCUAUACAGAUGAUACACGUCCUCGAAACACUUACUCCAAGUGCUCCGAUACCUCCUCUACGUGUUACAAGAUUUCCGACGCAGCAUAUAGUGCAAGUUAAACUCAGCUCGUCCGGUCAACUUGGUAAUCAAAUGAACUUUUUCGAUGUACAGUCAAACUGCACGUCGGUGAUAUCACUAAUCUUGAAGUAAUGUACUUUAUUUCGUAAGCAAAAAGAUCGAGUUUUGUAUUUCAAGUGUAAAUAUUGAAGUGACGUUAACCGUACUACUCAAAGUGGUAAUGUGAACUAUCGUUUUAGUGCCUGUUAAAAUAUUUAGAUACUGAAAUACUGUUAAGCUAUAUCAAAGAUUUAUAAUCGUUAAAAGAAUACUUUAAUAUGAAAUAUGAUGUAAAUAGUUCGCCAGAAGUUACGCUUUAUUGUACGUAGUGGUGGUGCACCCGGUGUGUUUCUGUGCAGUUGUCACGAGCGCGCGUAUACGCGCAUUUACGUGCGAAUACGUGAUAUCGACACAGAAAAUAUGCCCGGAGUUAAAAGCCCUUAGAUAUCUAUAAUAUGCAAUAUUCCCGCUCAAAGGUUGGUGAUUGGUGUUAGUAAACGUAUAUAAAAUUACGUCUUAUGGAUUAUUCUUUCUUAAUUUCCACGUUGUAAUGAAAAUCUACUAAAACACUCUUUCUUACAAAGCCAUAUGGUUUGGCAAUACCUUUAUCUGGUUCUUGACACCAACAAUCAAAUGUUUGUGGCUAUUAUAUUAUAAUAAUUGAUGUUAUAAACAAUGCUGAUGAAUAAUUUAUUUCAUCUUAAUACGGAAUAUGUAUAAAACUAUAAGUAUGAAAUAUAAUUAUCAAAGUUCUAUGUCUGAGCUGUUACUCUUUAUUUUAAUGACAUGGGUAUCUAAUAAAAUUGUCAAUACUCUAAUGUUUGUCUAACUCUUAAAAUUGUUAAACUAUGUUUAUUAGUAUUCCUUAAUUAUAAUACUCAGAAACUGAUUAAAAUUUUGCGCUACUUUGCGCAUAUACAUAAAUUUUAUUAUUAAAACAUUGACAUUAUAAUUUCGAAGAUGACAUUUAUUGAUAUUGAAUAAAUUUUAGGAUAUAAAUAUUUGAUUUAUUCGGCUAUUAUUUUAAUUGAACUUCUAUCUUGCCAACCGGCUAACUUGCCUUAUAAUUAUUUAAGUUUGUUAGAAAUAAGAGUGCAUUGUCUUGCGAAAACGUUGUAUGUGUGUUGUGUAUGAUGAAAUGUCUUCAUCUAGUGAUUCUUCCUGCUCAUUGUAUAGCUAUAUGGUUUACAUAGGUAUCCCCAGGCUGUAAUCGUGAAUAUUAGAAAGACAAUAUUUUAUAUUCCUUUGUAAGUAGAUAGAUAGUAAUUACAAAUUGUUACCUCGGUUAUGUAGCUAAAUAUAUCGUUCCUAAUUACGUUAUUUUAUUCUAAUUGAAGGUUUUUGUACGAAAUCAUCGUUUUUUAUAUGCUUUCUGCCCUUUACGUGAUAUUUUAUUGAGUUAUUUAGCACAUAGCAUAUUUAGCAUCUUAAGUUUUCAUGCUCAUGGUAUUGCGAGUUAAACUGUUGAUCGGAUUAAUCGCAUAUAUUUAUAUUGCGCGCGUUUUCUAAACGUCAAGAAUACUGUACCCUUAGCACGAGUUUGUUUUACGUUGAACGAAAAUAAAAUAAGAUCGUGUUCGACGCUCUCAUUGGACGGCUCGAAUAAACCAACCAAUAAGAGCGCCGAACGCGCUCUCGAUUCGAUAACUUUAAGUAUAAAGUAUCGUACUUUGGGUACAGAUUCAAAAUAAAUGUGAUUCAGCAGACGUGCUCCAUCGUAGGCCGCAUCAUCACUUACCAUCAAGUGAGAUAGCGGUCAAACGUCGACCCAUUAAAUGUAAAAAAAAAAUUAAAAAAAAAAGCCAGUCAUCAAACUUUUUUUAAUUAUUAUUAGAAAUAGGUUUUAAUUCAUCGAUUUUAAAUGUAGACUAAGUGAAACUAUUCGUAAUAAUUUUGUAUGAACUAUCUCUAUUAAUGUAGUUAGUGAAUUUGUUUUAGACAAACAGUACAUUGUCUUUCUUCAAGUAUUUUUUUUUUUAUUAUUUUCAAAUUGUAUAGUGACCUUUUAAUGCAAUAUGUGGACAUCGAAACCCUGCCAUGUGGCAGCUAGUUUAAUAGACAGAACUUUUAUUAUUUUAUUUAAUGUGACAUUGUAAAAAAAUACUUAAAAAGUAAAUUCUAUAAAAUGCCAAGUUAAUAAAA